UGAAGGUGACCUUUCCUCGGGCUUUCGGGAAUCAUGAGUUUCGUGCUGAGCAAAUUGAGUACAAAGAAGGAGGUCGAUAAUGCAAUAAAGACUUGCGAGGACAAGGUUCUUGUGCUGAGGUUCGGAAGAGAGACUGACACAGUUUGCCAACAGCUGGAUGAUAUUUUGGCCAAGACGUCUCAUGAUGUUUCUCGUAUGGCUGAUAUAUACAUUGUGGAUGUCGACACUGUGCCAGUCUACACACGUUACUUUGACAUCUCUCUGAUUCCAGCAACUGUGUUUUUCUUCAAUGGACAGCACAUGAAAGUUGACUAUGGCACACCAGACCACACCAAGUUUAUUGGCAGCUUCAAAACCAAGCAGGAUUUUAUUGACGUGGUGGAGGUGAUCCUGAGAGGAGCACUGAGAGGAAAGCUGAUUGUGACAAGUCCUAUAGAUCCACAGAAUGUUCCCAAGUACAACCUCAUAUACAAGGACAUUUAACUGCUGCAUAAAUGCCACUCAACUUUGAAGGGAAACUUGUUGUCUUUCAGUGGUGGCAUCAUCCCUCCAGUUAUUGUUUACAAAAUAAUGGCUUUGUACCUGGUUGAAAACAUUAUACACAGUGAAACUCUCUGCACAACUAACUCACUAGACUUAAGCUUGUGAGGGCAGUUAGGACUUCAAGAAAAUAUAUAGCCCCUGAGCUAUUGCAAGAGUGUGAACAGAUCAAGAUUACAAUAUGUAUAUAUAUAUAUUUUUUUUUUGCAAACAGAAUCCAUGCCUUCCAUAUAGUCUAAGUGAACAAAGCUCUCCGAUUGCACACUCAAAUUCCCCCUCUCUUCAGCAAUCCCAUAUAGAGGCUAAGAUUACUUGCUGGUUGGCUGUAAAUGUUUCCGUCAGACAAUGUAGGAAUCUCCAUAGAGCUAUUGACAGAUUUAGAUAGUUUUGUGUCUUAGGAGAGAGGUAAGAAGGCAAACAGUGUCUUACUCCUCUUGUUGACCUGCCACCAAAGAAGAUUACGUGUGGGUUUUUAGAUAUAUGCCAACCGCCUGAACACGAUAUUGUGAACUACAGAUGAGAAUGCUUGUGAACUACACGCAGAUGACUCAUGUUAAAAAAAAAUAAAAGAUCAUUGUAAUCAGUAGUAAUUAUGGAACAAA